AUGGAACUGAUGGAGGAGCGCCCCGAGAUGAACCGCUCAGUGAGUGCGGAUGAAAAUGGGGAGGACCCUGCUGUCGCGUCAGGUGCUGAUAUCCCUGCACACGUCAUGCGAAGGAUCCUUUCUGCACGCGCAUUCAGGGAAAAUGCUAGAAGAAUUGACGACGUAACUUCAUUCGUCUCUCGUGCUGUUAAAACACUUUCUGAUAAAGAAGGUGUCUCUCUCCAUUCAGAUGCUCUUGCUUUACUGGAGAAUAUUUCCCGCGAAGAAGACCAUAUUUUCUCUAAGAUUCCAGACGACAUGAGGGAAGUUCUUGAUAAGAAAAAGGCCGUCGUUACCUUUUCUAAAAGAAAGGCCAAUGGGAAGCGUGAUGCUGGAGUGGAGGUUUCUACCGAGCACUCGCCUCGUCGUGAUCAUGGUACAAUAAUCAGGUUCACAAUAGAUCCGAAUACACCCCUACCCAUGCCGCACAACCCGGUACUCGGCUCGCUUGACCCCAAGAAGCAAACGAACGGCCAUUACCAUGAAUUAUUCUUCGGAGAUCGUGAUGCCAUCGUUUUUCAGCCACCGGAAAACAACAAACGAAAAGAGCUUGAGAAGCGUCGGAAAGAGAAGCUUUACUGGGAAAACAAAAUGAAACGCCCAGCAAAAGAAAUAAAGCUCGAAACAGGUAAAGUUUUAAAAGUACCGAAGGAUUUUGUUCCAGCUUGUGCUGAGGUUGACCACAGCGCUGAACAAGAAAAGCUGCAGCUGAAGAAGUCUGUUGAUAGUGAAAGGAAUCUUAUUAUAUUCAGGUAA